ACAUUGAUCCAAACGCCAGGCGCACCCGCCGGGACAGCAAAGGCAGAGUGGCAACCGCGCGGUCAGGAACAUGGAAGAGGGCAGCAGCGGCGGCAGUGGUAGCAGCGACAGCAACGCCGGCGGGAGCGGCGGGGUGCAGCAGAGAGAGCUGGAACGCAUGGCUGAAGUCCUAGUUACGGGAGAGCAGCUCCGGCUGCGGCUCCAUGAAGAAAAGGUUAUUAAAGAUAGACGGCACCAUCUCAAAACCUACCCAAACUGCUUUGUUGCAAAAGAGCUGAUUGACUGGCUCAUUGAACAUAAGGAGGCCUCUGACCGAGAGACGGCGAUAAAACUCAUGCAGAAAUUAGCCGACCGGGGCAUCAUUCAUCACGUGUGUGAUGAGCACAAGGAAUUCAAGGAUGUAAAACUCUUCUACCGCUUUAGGAAGGAUGAUGGGACCUUUGCACUGGACAGUGAGGUGAAGGCCUUCAUGAGAGGACAGAGGCUCUAUGAAAAACUGAUGAGCCCUGAAACUACACUCCUCCAGCCUAGAGAGGAGGAGGGGGUGAAGUAUGAGCGGACCUUCAUGGCAUCCGAAUUCCUGGACUGGUUGGUUCAGGAAGGUGAAGCCACAACAAGGAAAGAGGCAGAGCAGCUUUGCCACCGGCUUAUGGACCAUGGGAUCAUCCAGCAUGUGUCUAACAAGCACCCGUUUGUGGACAGCAACCUCCUCUACCAGUUCAGAAUGAACUUCCGUCGGAGGCGGAGGCUGAUGGAGCUGCUCAAUGAGACGUCCCCGUCCUCUCAGGAGACGCAUGACAGUCCCUUCUGUCUGAGGAAGCAGAGCCACGACAGUCGGAAAUCUACCAGCUUUAUGUCAGUCAGCCCCAGCAAGGAGAUCAAGAUCGUGUCUGCCGUGCGGAGGAGCAGCAUGAGCAGCUGCGGCAGCAGUGGCUACUUCAGCAGCAGCCCCACACUCAGCAGCAGCCCCCCUGUGCUCUGCAACCCCAAAUCUGUGCUGAAGAGACCUGUCACUUCUGAGGAACUCUUGACUCCGGGGGCUCCGUACGCAAGGAAGACAUUCACGAUUGUUGGUGACGCAGUUGGCUGGGGCUUUGUGGUACGAGGAAGUAAACCAUGCCACAUCCAGGCUGUGGACCCCAGUGGACCUGCAGCCGCUGCAGGGAUGAAGGUCUGUCAGUUUGUCGUCUCUGUCAAUGGCCUCAACGUGCUGAAUGUAGACUACCGCACCGUGAGCAAUCUGAUUCUGACAGGCCCAAGGACAAUUGUCAUGGAAGUCAUGGAGGAGUUGGACUGCUGAGCACAGAGACAUCCCUGCUUGUCCCCUAUCCCAGAACAACACAACAGUGGCGAGGCAAGGCUGCCAGGCACAUGGAUAAUUGGGACAUUGCAGAUCUUUUCUCUGAUCAUAUGCACCUUGUCUUUCAUACGCUGUUUGAAUGUGGAAGAACCAGGUUACAUAUCUUUAAAAACCAAAACACAGCAGGGGCUUGGUGGCUCAAGUCUAUAAUCCCAGCAUUCAGGAGGGCAAGGCAGAAGUGCUGCAAAUUCAAGGCAAGCGUCUACUAACAGUGUGAGUGCCUGUCUCAAAAACCACACUCGGGAUCUUUCCACACAAGUGCACAUACCACACACAUGCACACACACACACAUGCACACCACACACACACGCACCAAAGCCCAGUUUAGAGUUCUCAAUCAUUGUUCUUCAUGUUUUCGGGAAGUUGUUGUGAAACCAAAUUAGCAACAUGGAAAAAUGCCAUUUUUAGAAGGUCAUAGAAUAGUUACUACAUAUUUUACGUCAUGCCUACUGUGCUUGUGUGGUAAGAAUAAGGAACCAGCACCUGCAAUCUGGGCUACUUAGGAUGCUGAGGCAGGAGGAUGAUCACUUGAGUUCUGGUAGUAAUGUGAGCCUGGGCAACAUAGUGAAACCCCACAUUAAUUUAAAAAAAAAAAAAAAAAAAAAGGUUUUACCAAUAUUAGUCUGAAUCUGUUUAGGUAGGUCUAGAUUUCAUCCAGCUUAAAAUAAAAGUAGCAUCCCCAGAAAUGUGGCCAGCUAACACAAAUUUCCAAGAAUGUCCUUAAAGCAUUCAACACCUUAGAAGCAGUCAUCACAAAGUAAACUUUCUUCCUCUGUUUUAGGGGUUUUGUUGUUGUUGUUUGUUUGUUUGUUUGUUUGUUUUGAAAAGGUCUUGCUAGGUAGCCCCCAGCUAUUGACUUCUUAAUUUCUGCCUUUGUCACCAACUUUCACCUUAGCCUGUUUCAGUUGCAUCUUGAGGUGAAAGAUAAAACAGACCACUGUGCCGUGGGUGAUGGGAAUAGACAAGGGAUGCCACCACCAACCCGCCUGCCCCUCUUUGCUCUCACUGGAUCUGUGUGGUUUUGCCUUAUAAGUCAACUCCAGUAGCUUUUUGGUGUUCACGUGAAAUAUACUGAUCGUGAAAGCAAAGAGGUCUGUCCUUACCUGUGUAAGACUCAGAGUCUCUGGCAAGAUUGCACUUGGCAAGUGUCCACAUUUAAGGGACUUGGCUUUAGUGGGACAAAACUUGAAACUCCAAAUGCCUUCUUAGCCUGGAUUUUUACAAGCCUUCUCGUGUCAUGGGAUGUGAUGCCAAUUUAGGGAUCUGCUUGCCACUACAAGCUCCAUCUUGGUUUAGAUUUCUUCAUCUCACGAAUAUUUUCUUGAUCUAGAAAAGACUUCCUUUGAACCAGAUAUCGUAGCAUGUUCCUGUAAUCCCAGCACCCAGGAAGUGGAGGCAGAAAGAUCAGGUGUUCAAAGGGGACCCUGUGUGAAAACAAAACAAAACAAAAAUGGAGACAAGGAAGUGCAUUGGGGUAUUGGUAUGUAGAGGAUAUUCCUCAGAGUGCCAAAUGAGAGCCAUUUUACAUAGUGAAUUUUGACAGAGAUGCAACUUUCUAGUUAUGCAUUAACAAGAUGGUAAUGCCAUAGAGUUAUGCCUAAGUGAUUUCUUAAUGAGAUGUGAUAAUCAUGUAUUGGUAUUAGUAGAGUGGAUUUUAUUAACACGUUAAUCCAACUUUUCUAGCUUUAGUAAGAAAACAAGAUUUUGAAGUGCCAUGGGGAUGGCUGAUAUUACUAUUGUCAGUCUUUUGUUUAUGUUGCUGUAGCAUUUAUUGACGGCGUUCUCCUUUGCUCCUCCUCACACCCUUUUAAGAUAGAUAUUAUUACCUUCAUUUUUCAAGUGGGGAGACUAGGUCUGAGCAAAUUCAGUGGUCUUCAAGUUGGAGCACCUGCUGUAACUACCAUGUACUACAGUGCAUUUCUCCAGUGCUCCAACCCCUUGCCUUUCUGCCCAGACUUCCUCUUUAGAGGCCUUGCGUUUAGCCUUCGCUCCGGUGUGCUAAGACCUUAUGGUUACUUUGCUGUUGUUCUUGUUUUAUUGAUCUUAUGGUUACUUUGCUGUUGUUCUUGUUUUAUUGGUCUAAGAGGUGAGGGCCAUCAUCAUCAUCCAUCUUGUGAAUGACGAACGCUGUUCCUAAGUGGGUUGGUUCGUCAUAUGCUCAAAACAGCCCGGCUACUAAAUAGGAGGCCUUACCACAUGGCUUGAAUUUCUGUCUGUCUGUUUGGUUGGUUGGUUUUAAGACAGUGUCAAGCUCCUGAUUCUGUACUUCCUAAGUAAGAUUACAUACUCACAGCCCCACACUCCCCACACUCCCCACACUCGGGCUAACACAGGCUCACAGCCCCACAUUCGGAUGCGAUAGCACCUUAGAAGAUGAAUCUCAGCUAGUUUCUGUCUUUGGUGUUCCUUGCCUGUCAAGAUAGCAGGAGUACUUGUGGGUUACUACAUCCUUCUUGCUGCUCACCUCCAAAUGCCCUUUGCCUUGAACCCUAGAUCCUAUCAUUUCCCUUUAGCCAAACUCAGAACCUCAGAAGCCCCUGUCUGUCAGAGAGGGAGUGAAGAACAGUUUGGCUGACCUCUUAGGGUUCUUCUUAUCCCCAGUUUAAAGACCAAGUGCCAGAGAAUAUUUUUUUUUCUUCUGUUUUUCGAGACAGGGUUUCUCUGUAUAUCCCUGGCUGUCCUGGAACUCACUCAGUAGACCAAGUUGGCAUCAAACUCAGAAUUCCACCUGCCUCUGCCUCCCAAGUGCUGGGAUUGAAGGUGUGCACCACCACUGCCUGGCUGAGAACUUUUUUUUUUUUUUUAAAGAUUUCUUAUUUGUUUUUCAUUACAGGUGGUUGUGAGCCAUCAUGUGGUUGGUGGGAUUUGAACUCAUGACCUCCCGAAGAGAAGUGGAUGCUCUUUAACCACUGAGCCAUCUCACCAGCGAGAACAUUUUUUUUUAAAGAUAGGGUAUUGGUGACAGUUGGCGGGUCUCCCUACAGGAUGUGAUAUAGUCACAGUGAGUCUCCCUUUCUUUCUUUCUUUUUUAUUUUUUGUUUGUUUGUUUUUCGAGACAUGGUUUCUCUGUAACCCUGGCUGUCCUGGAACUCACUUUGUAGACCAGCUGGCCUCGAACUCAGAAAUCCGCCAGCCUCUGCCUCCCGAGUGCUGGGAUUAAAGGUGUGUACCAACACACCCGGCGAGUCUCCCUUUCUUAACCCCAUGAGGAUAAUCCUUCGCCACCAUGAUGUGCUCUCCUAACUCAUUUUGGGCACUGUUACCUACACACGUCCUCUUUUCAUAGACAAGGAAACUGAGAACAAACAAGGUACAAAAAAAAAAAAAAAAAAAAAAAAAAAAGAUAGGGUGUUGGUGGUCAUAGUGCACACCUUUAACCCUAGCCCUCUGGAGGCAGAGACAGGUAGAGGCAGAUCUCUGUGAGUUAGAGGCCAGCCUGGUCUACAGAGCUUGUUCUAGGACACCCAGGGCUACACAGAGAAAUCUUAUCUCAAAAAACCAAAAAAUAAAAAAAAAAAAAUUAAAAAGCUAUUGCUGUGUAGCAUAGGCUGUCCUCAAACUCAUACUAAUCUUCCUACCUCGGGGAAUUAAUCUUUCUUUCUCUCUCUGUCUGUCUGUCUGUCUCUCUCUCUCUCUCUGUCUCUCUCUCUCUCUUUCUCUCCCUCGCUCCUUCCUCCACAUGCAAACACACACAGCCUCAUAAAAUAAUUAAUAAAUACUCGUGGUCCCCUAGAGCCCUGUUGGACUCAUUCAGUAUUUGCAUAUGUGCUAUCUUAUUUUUAGAAUGUUACUUCUCCCUCUUUGUGCCCACCCCCUCCCCCCGAUUAUUUUUAUUAGCUCCUUUGGGUGUGUGUGUGUGUCAUCUUAGAGAAAUCUUUGCCACAUCCCCAAAGAUGUUCCUAUUUUAAAUUCUCCAAAUUCCUACAGACCAAUAAAUCCCAUCCAAACCUCUAUUAGAGCACAGUCACUUUUAGAAUGUCCUUGCUUGGUCACAUGCCUGUCUCCCUCAGUAGACGCUCAGCAUCUGCAGAUCGAGGACUGUUUGGUACCCAAAGUCUAGCCUUCACCUGUUCCUUGCCCAAAAUAGUACAUUAGCUACUUACUGUUGUCUGAUGGGCAACCCCCAAACUAUAUCACACAAUAGCUCCUUUUAUUUGCUCACGACUCUGAGGGUUGUCAGCAUUUGGCUGAUGUGACCAACCACUGCUCCAAAGGUGCCAGGAGGUCUACACACACGUUUGUAUUCGGUGAGCUAGUUGUCGGAGGCCUUUUGUUCUUGGAAGCUGCUGUCAUUUGAUUCUUGAAUGUCUGUCUCCCAAAGUCCCAUGUGUUAAUAAGUUCUUUUCACUAGGGUGGCAACACUGGGACAAGGUAGAACCAGCCACACAUUUCAGCACUCGGUGGGUGGAGGAGGCAGGAGGAUCAGGAAUUCACUGACAUCCUUGGUAACAAAGCAAGUCUGAGACCACAUAAAAUAUUGCCUCAAAGAUGCAAACGAAGAAGUGGUAGGACCUGAUGAGAGAACUGCAGGGACCUGGGGAGUUUGCCCCUGGUGGGACUGUGGGACCCCAGCUUUUUUUCAUCAUUUAUUUCUUGGCCCUGAGACAAGUCAUUUGGUUUGACCAUUUGCUCCUACACAGUGUCCUGACUUAUCACAUGCCUCACUGGUGAGUUAGUACCGAAUGGGGCCAAUCAGUUAUGGACUAAAAUCUCAAAAACUGUGAGCCAAAAAUAACCCUUUUCUCUUUAUCAGGUAAUUACCACAGGUAUCUUGUUAUAGUGAGAGAAAUCCGUCUAACACAGAUGGCCUCAUGCAAACCACUCCAAGCCACAGUUCCAGGUCGUGUAGUUCCAGACAAUCUAGAGACAACCUGCAACCUUCUCUUCUGUAGCUCAGAAACGAAACACUUUGACUUUCUUCAAUUCAAACAGCUAGCUGGAGAGAGAGCACAGUGGCAAAGAGCCUAGAUUGCUCUUCCAGAGGACUUGAGUUUGCUUCCUAAAAUUACAUAAUGGCUCACAACAGUCCAUUGCUCUAGUGGCACAAGAUCUGACACCCUCUUCUGAUCUUCUUGGGUACCAGGGGCGCACAUGGUACACAAAUAUAGAUAUAAUGCAAAACAUCCAUAUACAUAUAAUUAAAGUGAAUAAAUACUUGAAAAUGGGUUAAUAAAUAAAACCAGCCCAGAGUCCAGGAACAGAGAAAUAAGCAGUACCUUUUAUGAGAAGACCUGCAUAGAAUCUGUGGCCAAUUUUAAUUCUCUAAAAAUAAAUACAGAGGAGCCAUUAUUAGUUUAAUGCAGUUAUUGAACGCUUUAGACUCUCGAAUCAAAUUCUUACCCAGCCAUUGGAUGGGAGUGAGAUGUACCUGAAGGCUGGUUUAUAACAAAACCUUCCAAGUCCAUGGGUCCUAAAAUGUCAGUGCUGCUUGGGCUGGGUAGAACACAGUUUAAUCAUCUCAUUGAUUAGUGAAUGAGGCAUAAAACAAUCUUGGACUAUACCCAGACUUGUGCAGCUUGGCCGAAUUCCUUGAGUCUCUUGCCUUCCAUCCCUGUCACAGUAGAUUCUUCUGUGGGAUAAAGUCAUUCAGCUGAAACAGGUUUAUGGCACUGUGGACUCAAAAGUGGCAUCAGGGAUCUUUGAAGAGAAGGGGGAGGAUCAUCUGCUAUUGUUAUUUGUUUCAAAUACCAAGGUCUUAUUCUGUAUGUAUUCCAAGUUGGCCAGGAACUUCUAGUAUAGCACAGGCUAGUCUUAAAUUCAUAGCCAUCCUCCUGCUUCAGCCUCCUGAGGACUUGAAUUAUAGGCCCGAGCUACCAUGCCUGUUUAAAUGAGUUUGGUCUUCAUGUGGAUUUGUGUCUGUGAUCUUCAAAGAGGAAACGGUAUUUACUUAUUCACUGCCUGAGAUAACAUUUAACUGCGCAUCUUGGACAUAUUCUUCCUUGUUCCCUUAUAAAAUGUAUUUUCAAAGCCAGGCAAGAAGGCUCACACCUAUAAUCCCAGUAUUCAGGAAGUGGAGACAGGAGAGUUGUGGUGAGAGGCCAGCCUGGACUACAGAGACUUUGUCUCAAAAACAAAACUAGAUAAGAAAUUCUAGACUCUUUUUUUUGUUUGUGUGUGGUGUUUAUGUUUUGAUGAUAGAAAGACAGAUUUUGUUUUUUGUUUCUUCAUUAACACAGUAUAUGAAUUAGAAGGGCUUUUUUUUUAUUAAAAUGAAAACUGCAUUAUCUUUUUUACUGUUUCUGCCUUCUGAAGUUUAAUUACAACUGGGCAGGGUGGCUCACAGCACAAAGAUUCGUGCUGGAGAAUGGAAUUUGAGGCUAUCCUGGCUAUACACAGAGACCCUAUCUAAAAACUAAUUUAUUAGGUCUAGUAUCUCACACCUCUAAUCGAAGCACUGCAGAGACAGAAGGAUCACCACAUCUAAGGCUAGCCUGGGCUACAUGUGAUACCCAAAAGACAUAAUAAGGAAAUUCAUUGAGAAAUGGAAGGGAAUGUGAGGAAGAUCAGCCAUCUUUGCCUAGAUGAGGUGUGGCUGACUUUAUAGAUCACGUGACAGGUGCCUCUGCUUUGGAAGGACAGACACCAGGUUAAGAAUAUCACUGCUUUCUAUUCAAAUGGAUUUCCUGAGUUUCCAAAUCUUUCCUUUCAAAUGUAUUGUGGAGAUAGUCAACUUCAAGGCCAAUUUUGAACCCUUGGUACUGACUCUGGCUGCUAUGAAUUCUGUUUUACUUUGACUAUAAAUGAUCAGAAUAACUCCAGAGCACUGUGGUGUUUCUGACUGGUUGAAAUUGAUGAUUGACAUUAAUAAUGAUUUCCUGCCACCUGAACUUCAGGUAUGAUGCAUAUUUCUUCACUGCAGAACCAAAAGGACAAAUGAGCUGUAUGCCAAAAUGAAGUUUGCCGUCAAAGAUCGCAUAUAGUAUUGUUAAAUAAGUUUAAAAGUACUUAAUAUAUGGCUUUAUUUUAAAAUUUCUUGAGUGUGAUUUGCUAUCUUUAAUAAAACUGUACCAUAAUACUUAAGAUGAUUGUAUGAAAACACAGUAGCAUGAAAUAAAUGUUACAUUUUUAAAAAUUA